GCCAGGGGCGGAAAAGCAAGUUUGCAUUCAAGUCACAGAACAGCCUCCAAACUCACAGUUUCCUCACGUCUGGUAUAUGUGAUAUUUCCGGUCGCCCCUGUUCCCUCCAAGAACAUUUCAAGCAUCCGGCUCUAUUAUUAGGGACCCCUAUCACUUUACUCUCAUGACAGAUGCCGCACAGGAAUCCCUGGUCGCUCUCCCAUCACCAGUUCUAGCUCGGGGAGUUAGCCUCCCGCAUCCACUCUCCCCGCCUACAUCGUCCGAUGCUCGUACCGCCGUAACUAACAUGGAUUCUCAACCGUCAGGCAUCGCUGAAACGCCGCUUCCUGACCCCAAAAUUUUCUUCCACGAGGAUAAUCAUACGAGCUACGACAUUUGGGUGCAUCCGAACCUGCCGAAUCGCACAUUCGUUGUUGAAAGCAUCAAGGCACACGGUGGUCAAAUAGUGGAGCACGUAGCUGAAGCUUUCUUCGCCAUCAUCCACACCGAUAUGACCCCCGGAGACUACCCCGAACUCUGUAACGAUGAGCAGGGUACAGUCGGAAUUUCCUCCGAAUGGGUGUUAAACUCGGUGCGUGCCCAGUGUGUCCAAGAUCCCGAGGAUUACGUUCUGUGGAAGCCUGAAGAGGAAGAAGAACAGAAUGAGCAAUCCGAUGGAGGCCAGGAAGCCAAGAAUUGGGAUUGGGAGGAUGUGGAUGUUGAAGCUCCUGCACUCGAAGACCUCCUCUCAUUGCCCUCUCGACCCGAGAUCAGCAACCUACCACCAUCUCCUGCCACUAAAUCGCUUGACGAAAAAUUCUUCCUCUGGAUUGUUCCUCGUUUUUUUGCGCCCCGGCCUGCCGCUCCUUGGAUAGAUUUGUAUCGAUGGUUGGGCGCAAACAUUCCCCAUCGGUCUGAGAAUUACUGGACGAAUUUGAACCACAAGGGCAGCGAAGUCCGUCGUCGAGCGAACGCGUUGCUGCCACUUAUUCCUCCAAGACCAGGUUCAACCACUCGGGGCGCGAAGAGAAAGUCGAACCCUCCGAAAAGUGGUCAUGCCGAUGAAAGCUCGAAAGCCACCAGAAGAUACGCCGAUAGUGAGAAUGAGGCGAUGAUCAGACACAUUGCCUCUCAUCCGCAAUUAGACGGAAAGGCUUUGUGGUCAGCGUUCUCCGGCAAGCACUGCGAGCGAUCAUCCCAGGCAUACAAUCAACAUCAUGAUCGACAUCGCGAAUACUUCAACGCAGCGGUUACACGAUUCCUGCGGGGAGAGAAUCCUCCCUUUCAGCCGCCCGAAGCUUCCAGCUGCCAGGCCUCCGACAUAGAUCCACCCGAAACUGUGGUUACUCGCCAUGGUCGGCGACCAAAAUAUACACCUGAGGAACAUCGUGCUAUGAAAGAGUUCUAUGCAAAACACAGGCAUAAAUAUAGCAAGGAUUUUCACGUCUGGCUUGCAUUUGAAAAACUAGUGAGGGACGCUUCUUAUAUUGCACCUAGUUCUACUGAAACAUGAUCCAUCAGCAAAAUCGUUCUGCAUUUUCCCUGCACACGUAUUUCUUACGGCAUCCAGAUAUAGGCCAUGGCGUCGAUCGCGCAUCCCCGGAGGCUCGGCCGUCCUUCCGCGCCACGACGCACGAUCCACCAUCGGGAAACCUAUCUCGUCCCACCUUACGACCCAAUAGGCGUUUCACUGCCGCUGAAGACGACCUUUUGAUCCAAUUCGCACGACAGCGGGGUUACCCCUUGUAUAUCCCCAUGCAGGAAUGGGAAAAGCUAAGCGAAAAGGUUUGCCUCUGCUCUGCGUUUUCCCGGUCAGUCUAACGUCUAGCCCACA